GACGCUCAGCUCGCUGCACCAGGCGCACCACUACAACCAGCUGACCGCCGCCGCCGUGUCCGCGGGCCAGCGCGGCGCGCACGACGCCCUGCGACGCUCCGACGCCGACGCCCUGCACGUGACCAACAUGCACGCGUCGUUCCCGUACGAGUCGAACCGCGCGGCCCGCGACUACGGCGUGCGGCGGCCCGACGUGCUCAUCCAGUCGCACCCGGGGCUCGACGGCCAGGACCCCCUGGUGCUGCACGGAGGACUCUCCGCCGUCGACGACCCGCAGAACACCAGCGUGGACGAUGGUGCCGUCUUCAUCAACGACCUGCCCCUGCUCAAGAGCAUGAAGCCGCGCAGCGAGGGUGGCAAAGACGUGGUGCUGUCGUCGGCGUCGGCGCCGUCGGACGUGUUCUGCAGCGUGCCGGGCCGGCUGUCGCUGCUCAGCUCCACCUCCAAGUACAAGGUCACCGUCGGCGAGGUCCAGCGCCGCCUCAGCCCGCCCGAGUGCCUCAACGCCUCGCUGCUCGGCGGUGUGUUGCGCAGAGCCAAGUCGAAGAACGGCGGCCGCCUUCUGCGGGAGAAGCUGGAGAAGAUCGGGCUGAACCUGCCGGCUGGCCGCCGGAAAGCUGCCAACGUCACUCUCCUCACGUCCCUGGUUGAAGGAGAGGCGAUCCACUUGGCGCGGGACUUCGGCUACGUCUGCGAGACUGAGUUCCCCGCACGGCAGGUGGCGGAGUACCUGAGCCGGCAACACACGGACCCCAGCGAGUCCUACCGCCGCAAGGAGCUCAUACAUGCCACCAAGCAGAUCACCAAAGAGCUUAUGGACCUGCUGAACCAGGACCGUUCACCACUGUGCAAUACCCGACCACAACAUAUCUUGGAUCCCAGUAUCCAACGUCACCUGACACACUUCUCGCUUAUAUCUCAUGGAUUUGGUAGUCCAGCGAUUGUUGCUGCCCUCACCGCUAUACAGAAUUUUUUGACUGAGUCAUUAAAGCAUCUGGAGAAGAUGUACCCAUCAACCAACAAUAAUGGUGGAUCACACAUAUCAGUGAGCUCUUCCCAACAACCAGGUGGUGGCAUGGAUUCAAAGCCGAAGGAACUCAGUGAUAUGAAGAAGUGAGGCUGGCUACGACGGGCUGCGGGAACCACCAAUCAUUCGUGGCCCUUCAAUUGACACUGCGGUCUAGGUCCCUUCCCUGUACUUAAUGCAAAUCUUUCUUUAUUAAGUAUGUGAAAAGAAUGUAAAAAAGAACAAGGUCACAAGAACAGAACUGUUGGACUUUUCAUCAUUGUGAAGUGGUUACUUGUGGCUAUGAACAAUUCUAAUGGAUACUUUCUCGAAAAAUGUUGCAUUUCAUUUUGUGAUCAUUCUUAGCUGUUAGACAGAGGGUGCCUCAGCUUCACAAACUGGAAUAAGUGGCAGCAGUUCUACUGGUACUGUAAUGAUUACCAUCAACAUUCUGGGGAUUCAUCAAUAUGACAUUCAACAUAUCAGUGUCAUACAGCAGAAAGAAGGUAGCUUCUCAUAUAAUGAGAAAUGAAACCUGCUCAAGAUUGCAGGCUCCAGGAUUUCGGAGUCUCCAUUUUGACAUAAAUUUACAAACAAAAAUUAAGAAGCCUUGUUCCUUUCUAUGUGUGCUAAAAUACAAAAUUAUUCAUUGACAUUUUAGCAAUAACUUUUGUCCAUGCAUUGUGAGUCAAGUAAUUGCAGCAUUUCACUUGGAUCUUUGGCUUGUUUUCUGUAUAACUAACACUAAAUGUGUUGGUAAAGCCUUCUUUGGAAUGCUACUUUAUUCAAACUUAUACACAUUGCUUUUCUUCUCUUGAUUGUUGUUAAUUAAGAAUAUAAGAAACAAAAACUGAUGUAUAUCAAUAUCAGACUCAAAUUAUGACUGUAAUAAGCAUAUCUCAUCUCACAGCCAAACAACACACUCUGUAGGGCAAUGCCUGCAGAAAAAUAAAUGUCUGGUAUUAAAUUAAAUUCAUCCUGAUUUCAUGUGAAUACAGAGUUUUGCCAAUGAUCAGCAAUAAGGGUGUUAACUCCAUAAAGUGCAGUUUCAGUAAACAACUGUAACUGAAUUUAAUAUUCAUUGUGGGGAACAAAGCGGCCUAUAAAGUAAUUAAGCUGUGUUGUUAUUUCUGGUUCAGGUAUAUACAUACAUUCCAAAUAAUGACAAAGAGCUGUAUGAUCAUCUGCAAGCCUAGACAUGAUACAGAGACUGUAAAUGUUAGUAUGACACCUUAGUCUAACAAACACCCUCCACAAAUAUUUCAACGUGCCAAAAUUUAGUGCAGAUUUUCUGACCUACAAUUCAUAACUAUUUCUAAGAUUCUCAAUAUUGUUGCAACAAAUUUUGUAUUAGUAUUUAAAUAUGAUUUGUUUUUAUAUAAAUAAUUAGUUAAUAGUUUAUGAUGCGUGUGUAUGCAUAGGUGUGAAUGUGUAGUGUGUAAAAAAAGUGUAAAAAUUGUUUUUCAUAAUGAUGUAACAACACCUGCAUGCUGUACAAGAGAAUUCUCAAGGUGAUACUAUUGUUCAGUGAAAUUUAAAUGUGAAUUUAUAAAUUAAAAUGUCUUA